CCGAGACGUAUCGGCUUCUAGGACACGUCAGCAUUCAUGGCCUGAAACCUUAGCUUGUUGUGAGUCACUGAGUUGCCAGUGACAAUUGUAAAGACUGUCGUGUAGCCUGUAGACCCCAGUAUGUGUGUGUGUGUAUGAAGAGUAGGCCGGUGCCUAUGUAUACUCAUUGCACAGGCUUUUCUGAUUCCGCAGUCCAGCUUAUAUCCUGCUGAUACCAUGGGACCCUCUGUGCUUUUCAUUCAUCCAGAUCUUGGCAUUGGAGGAGCUGAGAGACUUGUUGUUGAUGCGGCACUUGCUCUUAAAUCACGUGGUUGUCAAGUUCAAGUGUGGACAGCUCAUUAUGAUGUAAAUCAUUGUUUCUCCGAGACAUUGGAUUCAGGCAUCCCGAUUAGAUGCUGUGGAGAUUGGCUUCCUCGAAGCAUUUUUGGCAGAUUCCUGGCUCUGUGUGCAUACAUUCGAAUGCUGUUUCUGGCCUUCUACAUAGUCUUUCUUAGUGGAGAACAAUUUGAUGUUGUGUUUUGUGACCAGAUCUCUGCUUGCAUUCCAAUUUUCAAACUGACCAGAGAUAGGAAACGCGUUUUAUUUUAUUGCCAUUUUCCCGACCAGCUACUUACUUCAAGAAUAUCAUUGGUUAAAAAGAUAUAUAGAGCUCCCAUUGAUUGGUUGGAAGAGAAGACCACGGGCAUGGCAGACUGUAUUCUAGUUAAUAGUCAUUUCACUGCACAAAUCUUCAAAGAAACAUUUACAUCUUUAUCUCAUAUGAAACCUGAUGUUUUGUAUCCAUCCUUGAAUGUUAGCAACUUCCAGUCUUGUGCUUUUGAUGGUCUGGCUGGACUUGUACCUACAAAGAGAAAGAUUGUAUUUCUUUCAAUCAACCGAUAUGAGAGAAAGAAAAAUCUUAAACUUGCACUGAAAUCUCUGUCUACUCUUCGUGACAAAGUAAGUUUGCAGGACUGGGAGAAGAUUCAUCUUGUCUUGGCUGGAGGAUAUGAUGAGAGAGUAAGAGAAAAUGUUGAGUAUUAUCAAGAACUAAAUGAGCUGGCAAUCAAGUAUGACAUUUCCAACCAUGUGUCAUUUUUAAGAUCUUUUUCUGAUAAACAAAAACUUAAUCUUCUUCACAACUGCACAUGUAUAUUGUAUACUCCAAGCAAUGAACAUUUUGGAAUUGUCCCUGUAGAAGCUAUGUACAUGUACUGUCCAGUAAUAGCUGUUAACUCAGGUGGUCCCCUUGAAUCUGUUGUCGAUAAUGUCACAGGGUUUUUAUGCGCUCCUACACAUGAAGCUUUUUCUGAUGCAAUGGAGAAGUUUGUUAAAAAUCCUUCACUUAGGACAACAGUGGGAAAAUCUGGGCAUGGAAGAGUUAUGGAAAAGUUUUCUUCUGAAGCUUUCUCAAAUCAGUUGUAUCAUUACAUCUGUAGGCUGGUAGAAUGGAAAUAAAAUGUCUAUAUGAAUAAAUACAUAUUUUUCUACUACUUUAACAGAUUUUUUUGUACUAGAAAAAUGUUAAUAGUUGUUGAGCUUUUUUUGUUUUUAAUUUGACAGUGUGCCUGAAACCUAGCCAACUUGACAUUGGGACUUUACUGAUUAGGGAGAUGAUCUGAAUCUAGAUUUCGGCCUUAUGCCUCAUUCACACAUAUUCUGGUAUGUAUUUUCAUGAGUAAAAGAUAAACAGAAAAAAUAUAAUUGAAAUAUUUCUACCCUUUUCAUAUUUUGGACCUCACAUUCUGCUUUUGGCUUACAAAUAAUGAUGUAAAACACUAAUGAAAACACUGGUGUGAAUGAGGUCUAAUGUAGAAACCAAGCCUUAAAGCAGUAAGGAACCUGUCCAUUAAGUAAAUACACCAGAUGCUCAGAGAUCUGGACCUGUGUAAUAUAUAUACAGGGUGGCUUUCUCCCCAAGGGCAAAAGUACUUUGGUAUUUCAGAGGUUGUUCAUGGAAGAUUGUUUUUUAGUGUGCUGUGUUUAAUAUUUUCUGGUGCACUGUGAGGUCCUUUUGAAAAUAAACAUUCCUUGUUGAUACUUUA